AUGAUCUCCUGGUAUUUUACCGCCACCGCCACGCCACCGCCGCGGACGAGCGAGCGAGUGAAUGACGCGGCCCCGUCUGUUUACAGAGGAGGAGCCCGAGACGCCGUUGUCGCUGAGACUCACCGGGGUAUCCGUGAGGCCCUUGACGCCGCCCGCCCCCGCCCCCGCCCCCGCCGCCGCCGCUGCAGCCGCCCGCCCCGCACCACCGGCACCCCCCCCCCCCCGCCCCCGCCGCGCCGCCCGCCCCGGCGCCCCCGGAGCCUGCAGCCGCUGCCCCCGCGCCCCUCGCCUUCCCGCCUCACCCGGGGCCCCUUGACUUCGUACAGGAACAUUCCAGGCCGCGACACACGAACGGUCACGGGUGAGUUAUGUUCUCCUGGUAGUAGAGACGACGAUAACAGCUGGAUCUCCUCGCGUCAGAGGAUGAUGAUGGAUCUUCCUCCGCAGAUACCGUCCCCUCCGUCGGUGAGUAGUAGUACCUCGGUCGGUGUACCCGGGACGGGGGGAGGUGCGGGGGGUGGUGCGGGUGUACCUCGAGCCGGCACCAGGGAGGUCCACAACAAGCUGGAGAAGAACCGGCGAGCUCACCUCAAGGAGUGCUUCGAGCUGCUCAAGAGACAGCUGCCCGCCGCCGGGGACGACAAGAAGACAUCCAACCUGUCCAUACUGGGCUCGGCCAUCAGAUACAUACAGGUGCUGCGGCGGAAGGAGCGCGAGUGUGAGCACGAGAUGGAGAGGCUGGCGCGGGAGAAGAUCGCCGCGCAACAGAGGCUGGCGGGACUGAGGAGGGACGCCGCGGUGAGGGGGCGGAGGCUCGCGGGGCCCGACGACGACCUGCUCGCGAUAGGGAUACCGCUCAACGCGGCUGCACCCCCUCCCGCCGCCCCGCCCGCCCCGGCCGGCCCCCCCGCGCCCCCCGCUGGCUCGGUCCGCGCUGACUCCCCGCCGCGCUCGUUGAACCUGAGCACCAAGCUGAGGCCGCUGCCCAUACAGAUUACACCGACCACCUCCGCGCAAGUGAGUGUAGAGGAGCCCGGUGUGACGUCAUCACUGAACAGUUUAGUACGACCAGCUCAGAUACACCUGCCGCUGUCACAGGUGGUGGCCGGCGGUGGGCUGGUGGUGGGUCCCGCGCUGCAGCUGCUGCCGGCCGGGCUACGUGUGCUGCAUAAUGGUGUAACAACGGAUAGCAAUAAAAUGACUAAAGAGAACGGGAUCGUGACGCGUCCACCUACAUCAUCAGAUGGUGUACUGGUGAGCGGUCUCGGUCCGCUGGUGAUGUCGCCGCCUCACACGCACACACACACGCACGUGUUGCACACGCACACGCUCACACACAAGGUAGUCGAGGGCGGUGUCCCGCUGGCUGUGAGCGCGCAGUACCUGUCAACGGCCAUCGUGAAGCCGGUGGUGGUUGUGUCCAGCCACGAGCCGCGCCGCACGUGA